GGGCUCUUAUUAAGAAAUGGAGGGAGUACUCUCGUAGCACAUUGACGCGGUCCUACUUUGUAUACAUUUCUUCUGCCGCAGCUCCAAAUUUACCUUCAAUAAUUUUUAUUUAUUUUUUUUUAAAAAAAAAACUCUUUCCUCGUUUUAAUUCUUUCAUUUUCCUACUCUGUUUCGCACUACUCUAUAUAAAUACACCUUCCCUUCUCUCUCUCUCUCUCCUCUCUUAAAGACUCGUCUUCUUCCUUUUUCUUCUUACUCUCCUCCAUAUCUUUUCUUUCCUUUGAAUCCAAAUACCCAUAUCAUUCCAAAUCAUAUCAUAUGAUUUUUUAACUUCCACUUUCAAUUUCAUUUUCACCCACAAAAAAAUAAAAAUAAAAAAGUAAAAAUCUACAGAAAUUCAUCAUAGCAUUUCAGAAGAACAAGAAGCUGUUUAUCAAGAAACGAGCAAUGGCGGUCCAUCACCGGUGGAACGCCGUCGUUUUACUUCUCCUAUUCACUUUCUUAACAAUCCUCUGCUUCUUCUCUCCUUCUUGCUUAGGCAUCCGAUCCCUCUCAAGAUCAGGGGCAAAUUUGAAAUUUCACCACCUGCUACACUUCUCUGAAGCGCCGGACUACCGUAACGGCGUAGGCUGCUCUUCAACUUCCUCCCCUUUCACUCACUGCGACCCCUCAUUGGUCCACGUGGCAAUGACUCUUGACUACGAGUACUUACGUGGCUCAAUCGCCGCCGUCCAUUCCGUCCUCAAACACUCCUCCUGCCCAGAAAACAUCUUCUUCCAUUUCAUCGCCGCCGAGUUCGACUCCCUCUCACCUCGCGUCCUGAGUCAACUCGUUCGGUCAACGUUCCCUUCGUUGAACUUCAAGGUCUACAUCUUUCGAGAAGACUCUGUAAUCAACUUAAUCUCUUCCUCAAUUCGGGUCGCACUCGAAAACCCGUUAAACUACGCCCGAAACUAUCUGGGUGACAUUCUUGACCCGUGUGUUAACCGGGUCAUUUACCUCGACUCGGACCUUAUUCUCGUCGACGACAUCUACAAACUCUGGAACACUUCUCUUUCCUCCUCUCAUAUAAUCGGAGCUCCGGAAUAUUGUCACGCGAAUUUCACAAUGUAUUUUACUUCCACAUUUUGGUCCGACCCGAAUCAUAAAACCACCGCAUUCGGGUCAACAACCCGGAAACCCUGUUACUUCAAUACGGGUGUAAUGGUGAUGGAUCUACAUCAAUGGAGGUUGGGAAAUUACAGGAGUAAAAUCGAGAGUUGGAUGGAAAUCCAGAAGAAAACGAGGAUAUAUGAGCUGGGUUCAUUGCCGCCAUUUUUACUGGUUUUUGGAGGUCGAAUUGAGCCGAUUGAUCACAGAUGGAAUCAACAUGGAUUAGGGGGUGAUAAUGUUCGAGGUUCGUGUAGAUCGCUUCAUCCAGGUCCAGUGAGUUUGUUGCAUUGGAGUGGAAAAGGGAAGCCAUGGGUGAGGCUUGAUGGGAAGAAACCGUGUCCGUUGGAUCAUCUUUGGGAGCCCUAUGAUUUGUUUAAAGGGAGGAGAGAGAGAGAGAUUCAUCGUCAACAACAGCAGUUUGCUGGGUUUGUGGGUUCUGCUUCUUCUUUAAUUGGAUGGUUGUAAGUCAAUUUCAAUUCAUUUUUAUUUUUUAUUUUUACAGAUUCUUUCCAGAAAAACAAGGGGAAAUUGGGUGAAUUUUUUUUAUUAAUUUUUUAGGGGGUUUGAAUUCUUUGGUAGAAAUGGUGGUAGAUGAGGAUGUACAGAUUGGGAAGAUGAGGAUGCAUUUAAUUCGUACAUUUCGAUUUUUUAAUUUGAAAGAUAUUAUAAUUUCCGGGUUCUUUUCUUGGGAACCAAAUUUUGAGGUCUAUUUUUCUUGUACCUAUAUGAAUGAAAGAAAAAAAAAUAAACAGAAUAGUAGAAUUUUUCGGAUUCAUCCUUCUUUGAUUAUGUUUACGUAUUUUUGCCUAAAUUUUUAUUGUUCGAUUGGUGUAAAUGUGACCAUCUAAUACAAGAAUUUACGUUGUCGAUUGGUGUAAAUGUGACUCUAAUACAAGAAUUUACGUUGUUGGAUUGGUGAAAGUGUGUUAAAUUGGAGUACAUAUUGUUU